CACGCAGAGAUAUGAAUCAAUUUCAUACGCCCUCCUUUGGUGAUGAAGUAUUUGAGAUGAAUACUGAAACGACGGCAGUGUCAGCGGAGCCCCUUCAUCAAAGCGCUUCUCGGAGAAUGCUUAGCCUGGAUCACUCCACGUUGAACGGCGACGUUGAACACGAUCGCGAUCAUAUUGUCUAUGAGAGCUCUACAAAUCAUUUGGACACGUAUGGAACAGCUUCUAAUGUGAUUACUCAACCACAGCACACGCUGGGUCAGGCAUCAACGCUCCUGGCGACACAACAACAACCUCAGCAGACAAUCAGUGCUGGCGCACCUGUAAAGCCGCUAGCUCCCUAUGCACUUUUCUUUCGAGAUACUGUGAAGGCAAUAAAGCAAUCUAAUCCUGCAUGUUCUCUAGAAGAAAUCUCAGCCAUAGUCAACACCAUGUGGGACGCGCUCGACGAUACGCAAAAGAAUCGAUAUAGCCAAAUGUACGAAGAGGAAAAACGGGAAUAUUCCCGACAAUUACGCGAUUAUCGGCAGCAAAUAUCGGAAGCGGACCUCCAGACAAACCCAAUAGGGCACAUUCCCAAGUCCACAACAGAAUCUCAAGCGAUUGUCACCACUCCCACUCAAACAAUAGUAGUCACCAAUCCCGCCGAGGCUCCCAAAGUGGCUGAGCCUACAGCACCGCCAGAGCAAAUUCAAUUGCUUACCGAGGCAGCUGCCGUGCAGAAAUGUACGCGAGAACAGUGCAAUAAGCCGGCUAUCAUAAAUCCUGACUGGGAGGACGAGUAUUGCAGCAACGAGUGUGUCGUCAUACAUUGUCGGAAUGUGUUCAGCGAAUGGGCGCGUUCACUUAAGAGUUCACCGUCGUAGCAUAUUCCAUAUUUCCUAGAUCCACUUGUAGCUAAUAAUUAGCUUUUAAUAUUAUUAAGUGCGCAGAUUAGGAAUCACACAAAAUGUACGUACGCUAUCGUUAUCUACGUACGUUAUCGUUACGAGUUGUUGCCACAAAUCAGCUGUUUAGAACGCCAACAGCGUUGCCAACUCGAAGAAAGUUUGAAAGACGGCAGCGCAUAACGUAUGUAAUGUUUUUAUUUAAUAAUAUAACUUUUAAUAAAUACACACAUUUAUUACUCUCUCUUGAACUUCAUUAUAUAUCAUUGCCGUUGCUUACAAAAUACUUUUUAUUUAUAAAAUAAUUCAAAUGUAUAAAUAAACUUUCAUUAAAUAAAAUAAUGCGUGCUUUCGCAAGUCGUUGAAAAUGAUCAACAGUAUAAAA